UUUUAAAUUCAUAUUUAUUUAUUUUUUUUAUUAGAAUAGAAACCUGCAAUAUUCUCAAUUAAAAAAUCAAACUAAAAGAGGAAAAAAAUGGAUUUAUUCCAAAAAUAUUUAAACUUAUAAUUUCAUAUAAUAGAACAUAAAUCCAAACAUGAAACAAAAUUUGGAAGGGGAAAAAAAAGGAAAAGUCAAUGUUUACUAUCAAUCCAGUUCAAAAUAGAAAAUCCAGAGUAAUUUAACAUAUUGACUCAUCACCAAAAGAAAAGAAAUGGGAGAUUAAAAAAACAAUCUUUUGUGGCAAUUUGUCCUCUUUUCUGCCAAGUAAACAAAAGCAGACAGCGCGUCCUUCACCUCAUUUGUACUCUGCGGCCAUUGGCCGGCUUCGUGGGGGCUCGCCUCCGCCGCAUCGCUCGCCUUCCGUCUUCCGCUGCGUCACGCUUAACUCCUAAGCGUCCCGUCCGUUCGGCGAAUAAACCCACGUUCCUUCUUCGCCGACACCUAUACCCGCGCUUACGGGCGGGACGUCUUUCGCCGUCGGUGGCGGGGAAUCGUUCUCCCCCUCACUGUUUACCCACAGCAAGCGAGCGAGCGAGAGAGAGGGAGAGAGAGAGAGUUACUGGAGGAGGAGAGCGAGCGAGCGAGUGUGAAAGAGAAGCAGGCGGUCACAGAUGAACAUUUCACAAAUGGACCCAUCGAAAGGCUUCCUAGCGCUUUUCGCCGAACCGUAGAGACGGACGCCCGCCCGCCCGGAUGGGUGUUUUGGUUUGCUGCGACUGCUUCUUCUAUAGGAAGUCAAAGACCAAACCGAAUGGAAAGAAGCCUCCGGCGGAAGAGAAGAAGCAAUACCUGGAGCCGGAGUUCACCAAGAUCCGAGUGGUGGAUUUUGACUUGAAGGAGCUGGUGGUGCUGCCCAGAGAGAUCGACCUCCACGAAUGGCUGGCCAGCAAUACGACGACAUUCUUCAAUCUUAUCAACUUGCAGUACAGCACCAUCUCCGAGUUCUGCACUGGCGACAGCUGUCAAGCGAUGACGGCAUGCAACACAAUAUACUACUGGCAGGACGAGAAGGGCAAGAAGACCAAGUGCACUGCGCCCCAAUACGUCGACUUUGUUAUGAGUCUUUGUCAGAAACUGGUCACUGACGAGGAAGUUUUUCCCACCAAAUAUGGCAAAGAGUUCCCCAACUCCUUCGACACGCUGGUGAAGAAGAUCUGCCGGUACCUGUUCCACGUGCUGGCUCACCUCUACUGGGCGCACUUUAAGGAGACGGUGGCGCUGGAGCUGCAGGGCCACCUGAACACUCUCUACGCACAUUUCAUGGUUUUCGUAAGGGAAUUCAACCUGGUGGACCCCAAGGAGACGUGUAUCAUGGACGACCUGUCGGAAAUCCUCUGCGCCCCGCCGCAGCCCCCCUCGCCGUCGCCCGCCUCCUCACAAAACCACCUGACGGAGAGAUGAGCGCCGGCCGGCCGGGACCAGAUGGCGGACGACCCGGGAGGAAGGAAAGAAAGAAAGACGCCGCCGCGCCCAGACCGGACUUGGCGGGACUCUGGGGAGAGGGAGGGGCUCGACCUCGGGCGGGGCUUCGGAACGCCAGCAGGAAUUGGCGUGGAAAAACUUUCCCUCGCGACUUCGCUCGCUCCUUCGUGCCUGAAUAUACUUUUGACAAAGCCUUGGAGGAAGUAGAGAAAAUGACUGCAAAACACAAAAGUCAUUUUUUUUUUCACAUCAUUUCCUGUUCAUUUUAGGGACAUUCUUCCUUUUCAGUAACCCUAAAUCAACAGGAAGUGACCCAGAAAUAGCCCAAAACCAACAGGAAAUGACCAGAAUUGCCCCUAAAAUGACCAGAAUAGUUCAUUUUAGGGCAUUUCAAGUUAUUUCCUGUUGAUUUUCAGUCACUUCCCCUUCAUUUUGGGACAUUUAUAGGUGACUUCCUAUUGAUUUUGAGUCAUAUAGGGUCAUUCGGCCUUUUCGCUCAUCCUAAAUCAACAGGAAGGGACUCUUAAAUGCCCCAAAAUCAACAGGGAGUGAACCAGAAAUGCCCUACAAAGUCAAUGACUGGGAACCAGUCUGUACAGGUCACUUCCUAUUCAUUUUAGGGCUUUUACAGGUGACUUCCUGUUGAUUUGGAGUCACUCCGUAUUCCUUUUCAGUAACCCAGAAUCAACAGGAAGUGACCAAAAUAGUUCAUUUUGGGCUCUUUUCCUGUUAAUUUUCACUCAUUUCCUGUUCAUCUUCCAGUUGUUUUUGAGUCAUGUUUUGGGUCAUCCUAAAUCAACAGGACGUGACCCAGAAAAAUGCCCCAAAAUCUACAGGAAGUUGCCCAGAAAUGCUCCAAAAUCAAAGUGACUGAAAAUCAACAGCAAAUGACUGAAACCAGUCUUUACACGUCACUUCCUGUUGAUUUUAGGGCAUUUACAGGUUCAUUCCAGUUGAUUUGGGGUCACUCCCUGUUCAUUUUUUAGUCACUUGCUUUUCAGUAACCCUAAAUAAACAGGAAGUGACCCAAAAUAGUUCAUUUUUGGGGCAUUUCGGGUCAUUUCUUGUUGAUUUUGAGUCACCCCCUAUUCCUUUUCAAGUCACUUGCUUUUCAGUAACCCUAAAUAAACAGGAAGUGACCUGUAAAUGCCUCGAAAUUAACAGGAAAUGACCUGUAAAUGCCUCGAAAUUAACAGGAAGUGACUUGUAAAUGCCCCAAAAUCAACCGCUUUGCCGAUUUUUAGGACAUUUCAGGUCAUUUCCUGUUGAUUUUUGAGCCAUUUCCACUUCACUUCCUGUUGAUUUUGGCUUAGUGAAAAGGGAGUGACGCGCAAAUGUCCCUUAAUGAAUAGGAAGUGACUGAACAUCAACAGGAAGUGAUGUGUAAAUAGCCCAAAAAUCACAAAUUUAUGCAAUUAGGGAGGGGAGUGGGAACAAUUUUUAAAAAUGACUAUUCGUAAACUAAAUGUAGAAAAUUCAGUUAAAAGGAGAAAUUCAUAUAAUUGAAACAACAAAUCAAAUUUUUCAAGAAUUAUAAAAAUGACAAUAGAAAUGUAGAAAAUUCAAUUCCAAAAUACAGCUAAAAUGAGGGGUGGGGGGGAUUGAGUAAAAUAAGUAUUCAAAUUAAAUUUUAAAAAAAAUUCUUUAUAAAUUAAUAAAUUGUCAUUUUCAAUGUAUAUUUUUCAUUAUUUUAAAUGGAAAAAUUCAGUUUAUUAGAAAACAAUAUAAAAAAUAUAUUUAAAAAUGUAUAGUUAAUUGUUAGAAAAUCAUCAAAUAAAUUUAAAAAAAAUGAAAAAUACAGUUUAGAAAAAUAACAUGCACAAAUAUAUUUUGGGGAAAAAAUACAGGUAAUUAGAAAAUCUUCAAUUAAAUUUAUAAAAAUAAUAAAGCUAAAUAUAAAAAAAUCAUCCGACAAUAUUGGAAUAAUUUUAAUUUUAAAAAACGUGGAAAAUUAUUUCAAAAUUUAAAAAAAUAUAUAUUUUUAAUGUAAAAAGGAAAUUAUGCAUAAAUUCCUCACCAUAUAUUCAAAUGACUUUCAAUUUUCUUUUGAUCACGUUCAUCUUUUUACCAAUUUUUUGUUUCACGUCAUUCUCUACAUUUUGUCGAAUGUAAAUUCCGGCACGAAGGGGUUCGAUGGAGACGACGACAAAAAAAAAAAAAACGCUGUGUUUUUGUUCGUUUGCUUUCAUUUCACUCGGAGAGUUAUUUGCUUCCAUAUUUUUUGGGGUUUUUUUUGCUCUGGUGCGGAGGAUUUUGUUUCGCUGCCGUCAAUGGCGGACAUGGAGUUAAUAAGCCCCCCACCCCGACCCCUACUCAGGACUUAAGAAACUACGUCACUGCUGCCAGAAAGGCUGGCUUUUUCCUUUUCAUUUGAAAGUCUUUUAGUUUGCCAAACGUGUCCUCGCCAGUAGGGGGCGGCAGAUUGUAUAUUCAGCGCUCCCCACCCUCCCGUAUUCAAGAGUUCCUGGUUGGGAAAUAGUUGUCAUUCUAAGUAGAGGCCAAGAGAUGGCGCGCUCGGACGAGGUUUUAAUUUAUUUUGGAGUUCGUUUUUUUUGCAGGUUUCCGGCUCUUGUUUUUAUGUAUUUUAAUUAUUAAUAAGUUAAAAGCGAUUUAAUAUUUCAAGCUCUGCUGAUUAUAAUCUAAUAAAAAGAAAAGUAUCAUCCUGAUUUCACGUGUUCUGAAUUGUUAUAAGU